AUGCCGUCCGUUAUCCCAAGCUCUGAUGUCGAAAGCCUUAGUGAAGGCCGUGAUACUGAUGUCGUUAUGAGCAAAACCAGGAUGCAUUUACGCAUCCUUCAUGCUGAACUUGAGUACCUGUCAGAACAAAAUGUUCGAUUCGAGAAUCCUGAGUUCCAACGACUUGCAACUCUAAUAGCCGAAAAAUUCCCUGGAAACGUUGUUGACAAUGAGUCGGCCCAAUUCCCAGAGGCAGCUGAUGUCAAAAAAAUGGGAGGUUCUACCCGUUCCUCUAAUGUUCCUGGUGAACAAACCAUACACUGGUAA